AUGAAGUCAUUCGCUAAGCAGGCUGCCUUCGCAGCUUGCCUCCCAUGGUUGGUUGUGGCUGAUUACAAUGACGCCUUUGUUGUUGAGUUCGAUGCAUCAGUGCAAUUGAGCCCAGCGGAUCUCAUCAGCCGGACUCGGGCAUCUCUGGCAGCUUCUGGCUUAGACUGCACUGCAUCUUCGCGAUACCAUUUCACUCACGCUGUAUUUCAAGGCGGAUCUUUCAACGUUGACUGCACCAACAAUGGAGUUUCUCAGAAGGCGGUGCUGUCGACCAUACAGUCGAUUGAUGCCAUUCAGAAGGCCUGGCCUGUAACUUCAGCAGCACCAGCCGUCCACAUGCCGAGAAUUCCAGGUAUUUCUGACGGCGAUUGGGAAUGGCCUGUAACUUCAGCAGCACCAGCCGUCCACAUGCCGAGAAUUCCAGGUAUUUCUGACGGCGAUUGGGGAAGCAGCACUCAUGGAUCGUCCAAGCGCGACUUGUCUCAGGUCUUGGCUCUCCAAGUAAGAGACAAUAUCGCAGCUGAUACCUUGCCGACGCAUGUUGAUACUGGGGUGUCGAAGCUACACGCCAGCAAUAUCACGGGUAAAGGCAUCCGUGUGGCAGUCAUUGACAGCGGUUUCGACGUCGAUACUCCGGGCCUCAGCAAGACCAACAUUGUCUAUGCUCACGACAUGACAGACGGCGACAAUGAUGUUCGUGACAACUGUUCCUUCCAUGGCACUCAUGUUCUGGGUAUUGUAGGAGCCAAGGGUGAUGAGGGGAGGUUUGGUGUCGUUGGCGUGGCCCCUGAUGCCACAUACGAGCUUUACCGCAUCACAGGUUGUACUUCAGGAACUACGGAUGACGCCAUCAUCAACUCGUUCCUCGAAGCUGCAGAAAGAGGCGUCGACGUUAUAUCUUGUUCGUAUGGGGGUGCCCUCACUUUCCCUGAAGACCCCUGGUCUAUCGUAGCCACACGACUGUUCAAUAACGGCACCUAUAUCUCCCUUGUAGCUGGAAACGGUGGCCCUGGCAUCUUCACAGGCGCUAGCCCUGGAGGUGCAGAUGCUGUCGCCGCCGUUGGGUCUACCGACAACUCGCAAACUCCUUACUACAACUGGGGAGGCAAUUGGACCGCAGGAAGUGAAGGCGGAUCGCUUCGUUUUGUCCCUGGCAUGCCGUUCGACUUCCCAUCAAACGAAGGGCUGACAGUCUGGACUUCAGACACACCCAACACCAAUGGUUGCCAGCUCCUCCCUGAUAAGUCUAGUUUGCCGGCCGACUUAUCCAAAGUCAUUUUCCUCUCCCAGUUUGAUCAAUGCUGGAUGGCAGCCGAUAACUCUACAGUCUCUCUCACGAAAGAGUUUGGCAUCCCGUAUGUCAUGUACUACAGCUGGAGCAAUUACACGGUCUCUGAAGGCCCGCUAUUCCUGAAGGUCUCUGCAGCAAACCAGAAAGGGUCUGUCACGGUGGACUAUGAAACAGCAAAGCAACUACUGGAUGCCAAGGCAAAGCACGGCUCCGUUCAAGUGUUCCUUGCAAAUGAGGUCUCCGUUGCAGAUGUUAGUCUCACUUAUAAGGCCAAUAACCGCUCUGGCCUCAUGAGCUCUGUAUUUACCAGUUGGGGUCCAACUCUUCGAGCAGGAUCCAUGCCCGCAUUCCAUGCCCCCGGAGGAAACAUCUUGAGUACUUUCCCUGGAUGGCUUGGAGGCUAUGGAGUAGUCAGUGGCACUAGCCAGGCCACCCCGUUUGUCGCCGGCAUCGCUGCGCUUGUCAAACAGCAGCACCCAGAUUACAGCUCUGAAGACAUCCGGAAUGUCAUCGCAGCCACAUCACGACCUGUCAAGUGGUACGAUGGAAAAGGAAACACUGGAGACUUCCUGGCACCCGUCUUCCAACAAGGGUCUGGUCUUGUCGACGCGUGGGGAGCAGUUCACUCGACCACAUUACUCAGUGCCUCUGCCCUUUCAUUCAAUGACACGGCCAACCGCCCCAAAGAGUUGACCUUCACAAUCAAGAACACCGGUUUGAAGGCUACCACCUACGAUCUGAGUCAUGUUGGAGCCAGCUCUGGCUAUGUGCUUGAGAAGGUGGAUAGCUACCAACUCACUGAGGCCGUGGUGUAUCCAGUGUACGCCGAAGUCAGCAUCAACCCCACAACUCUCUCAGUUGAGCCAGGGAAGACAGCCACUGUUUCAGUCUCGAUCUCAAAAGAGCCCGCUUUGUCGGAAGCUUCAACUCGUGUGUCCUAUUUUGGAGGCUACAUCAACAUUGAAGCCAAGGGUGCAAUCGACAUCAACAAACUCUCACUACCCUACACCGGCUUCGGCGCGCCAUUGACUACCUUACACAGCAUCAACCGGAACAAAUCUUAUCUGUCGUCAUACAAUGUAACUGCCGGCAAGGCAUCGCAUGCCGAACCAGGCCGCGUUUAUACCUGCACGUUGAACAUCACCGCAGAUGUUCCAGCUUCGUUCCCAGGCAAUGAGUUUCCCGGCAUCGAGGUCUUCCUCUUCUUGCAGUCGCGCAACAUGAGCAUUCACAUGGUAGACGCAAAGACUGGAAAAGUAGUGGUCAACUCCUACCAGAGUACGUCAGAGGUCCCAUGGAACGGUUCGACUUGGUAUUGGGAUGGUUCCGACGAUAACAAAGCUCCCGUGCCGGCUGGUACUUACACCUGGCGCGUCAAGGCUCUUAAGAUGCUUGGAGAUGCGGCGAAGGAGGAGGACUGGGAAACCUGGGAAGCCGGCACAUGGGUUCUGGAAUACACUGCUGACAGCAUUUUCCCUUCGAGUUCAACGGCUCCGAAAAGCUGA